AUGAACUAUAACGCAAGCAACCUGCCUAAAAGUAAGAAUAUGCGGGGUAUUCAUUGGACUAAAUGGGAGACAUUAUGUGUGAGCAAGCAGAUUGGAGGAUUGGGAUUUAGAGACCUUGAGGCUUUUAAUCAAGCUCUUCUGGCAAAACAAAGUUGGAGAUUAUUCUUUAAUUGCAAUUCCUUGGCAGCGAGAAUUUUCAAGGCCCGAUAUUUUCCGCAUUGUAAUUUUUUAGAAGCUGGAUUGGGGUAUCGACCCUCACGUAUUUGGAGUUCGUUGAUAUGGGGGAAGGAUUUGUUGAAGGCGGGUUUGCGGUGGAGAGUUGGAAAUGGUGAAGAUAUAUAUGUUUAUCAGGAUCGGUGGGUGCCUUUACCAAUGAAUUUCAAGAUUAUCUCAAUGCCACAAUUCGAUGUUUCUAUGAAAGUAUGUGAGUUGUUUAAUGCAGCUGGACAAUGGGAUGAAGAACUAUUAAAAGCUAAUUUUUGGGAACAGGAAGUGAAGGCUAUCCUCCAAAUUCCACUGGCUUCAAAUCAUAGAGAGGAUAAAUUAAUUUGGCAUUAUGAUCAAAGCGGCAAAUACUCAGUCAGGAGUGGUUAUAUGGUUGCAUGCAUGAAGAAGCAAAGGGAAAAUGGCAUGGAAGGAUCCUCGACACAAGAUGGUACAUUUUUAUGGAAAAAAUUGUGGAGUUUGCAGGAGCCUAAUAAAAUCAAAUUCUUUCUAUGGAGAUGUAUAUGGGGGUUUUUGCCUAGUAGACAAAAUUUGUACCACAAGAAGAUCUUGAAUUCUCCAAUAUGUCCACGUUGUGGGAAGAAUGUGGAGUUAGUUAUGCAUGCAAUAUGGGCUUGUAGUGAAGUGAAAGCAAUAUGGUCUUUAUCACCUUGGAGUGCCAAUCGCCAUGAGUGGAGAAUUACAUCUUUCAAGGAACUUUGGCAAGCUGUGAUUGUGGUCUCAAGUAACCAGGAGGUGGAUCUUUUUGCUUUUCUAUGCUGGGAUAUUUGGAAUGACAGAAACAAUCUGUUGUUUCAAGGACGCAGUCUUGAGAGUGUAUCAGUGUUUAACAAAGCUUUGGCUUAUCACACGGAGUUUUACUCUGUAACUCUUGCCCCUAUAUGCUCCCAUAAUAGGCAAGGGCCUAGUCAGAGUUCUGUUAAUUGGCAUGCCCCAUUGGAUGGUCAGUACAAAAUUAAUGUUGAUGGGGCAGCCAAACUUGCUGGGUUAUUACGGGGAGUUGGAGUAGUGAUUCGCAAUGGAAAUAAAGAGUUUAUGGCUGCUUGUUCUCGACAAGUGAUAGGACAUUUUAGUGCACAAGCUAUGGAACUAACUGCUGCAAGGGAAGGUCUUCAAUUCGCAUUUGAUCUUGGCUUUCGUGACAUAGUGUUAGAAAUGGAUGCGCAGGGGGUGGUAGAUAGAAUCAACUCGAAUGAAGAGUGUUUUGAAGCUGAAGGGAAUAUAGUGGAAGAUAUCAAGGAGAUGCAGGGGUGGUUUAGAUCUUUCUCCUGUAAUUGGCAACGACGAGAAGGUAACAAGGUUGCCCAUGAGCUAGCUCAAUUUGGCACUCGGAACGCUGGUUUUUUCACAUGGAUUGAGGAGGAGCCAUUAUGGCUAACUCCUUUUCUUUCUGCAGAUCUAAAAGCUAAUGGUUGA